GCGGGCCGGCGGUAUAUUCCGCCCGAAGAGCUCCAGCCGCUCCAUGCUCUGCUAGACAGUCAUGCGGUAACCCCGCCCACCAUGAACAAGUACAUCAGAGUCAGUAAGAUCGGGGAGGGCUCCUUCGGUAAAGCUAUCCUGGUGAAAGCCAAGGAAGAUGGGAGGCAGUAUGUCAUCAAGGAGAUCAGCAUCUCUAAGAUGUCCAACAAAGAGAGGGAGGAAUCAAGGAGAGAAGUUGCCGUGCUGGCAAACAUGAAGCAUCCAAACAUUGUCCAGUACAGAGAAUCUUUUGAAGAGAGUGGAUGCCUGUAUAUUGUGAUGGACUACUGUGAAGGAGGG